UUGAAGACAAUGUGGAUGCAAUUGUAUUCCAGGUUCUCAUCAGAGAUUUAGAGGUACUGUAUGUAGCUUCGGAUAGCUUUUUCGAAACAAAAAGAGUACAAGCUUCCAAGCAGAGAGUGAGUAGAGUCAUGACGUUCCUUCAGUUCGAGCGCGCAACUGGGUCGCACUGCGGCAAGCUUAGUUUUUCCCAGGAUGUGAACGAGCACGACGACGCCCCGACAAUCAAACAGCGACAGGUACUAGCAGACCACACCAAGGACGGUAAAAGCUUGACCGAGGAAAGACGCGAGCGCAGUCGUAGUCCCAGGCGACAAGAGCAGAUCGUGAAGGCUGCGGCAGAUGACAACGCGCAUCUUCAAGCGGCUCCUGCAACAGUACAACUAGCUGCGGACCGACCUCCCAGACCCGCAGCCUCCUUUCCUCAGAGCCAGUCGUCUCGGUGUUUGACCUACACCCUGGAGGCGCAGGAUGGACGAGCGCGCGCCGCGACCUUGUUGCUCCCGCACGGCCCAGUGCGCACUCCUGUUUUCAUGCCCGUCGGCACGCAGGGGACCAUCAAGGGGCUCCUGAGUCAGGAGGUGGCCGAUUUGGGCCCACAGAUCAUUCUCGGAAACACCUACCACCUAGCGAACCGGCCCACCUGUGCGCGGCUGGAUAAGUGCAACGGGCUCCACAAUUUCAUGCAGUGGGACCGAAACAUCCUGACGGACAGCGGCGGGUUUCAAAUGGUAUCCCUGCUGAAACUCGCAAAGAUCACGGAGGAAGGUGUGGAGUUCGAGGACCCGAAGAACCCGGGCAGCAUGAUGUUGCUCACCCCAGAGGAGAGUAUCCGAAGUCAGAACAGCAUCGGUUCGGAUAUCAUGAUGCAGUUGGACGAUGUGGUCAGUUCCUGCGAGCCGGACAAGGCCCGGGUGGAGGAGGCCACCCACCGGACGACCCGCUGGUUGGAUCGCUGCAUCAAGGCACACGCAAACCCGGACCGGCAGAACCUCUUCGCCAUCGUCCAGGGCGGCCUGCAUGCGGACCUCCGGAAAAUAAGCCUGGCGGAUUUGAAGGUACUUACCACGCUCUUCAACUUCGUGUUAUGUUUUAUUACUAUAACUGCAGCUUGCUCUUGCACGACAUGCAGAUACUAUAGAUACUGCAUGAACGACACACAUUCAGCUUCUCGUCGCAACAAAUUCACCUUUUAUGAUGAGAAACCACAUCUGAAUACUUGCUACUUCUGACGCACGCGCUCUGCCUGCGGAUGAGAAAACAUUUGUUCUCACCAAGAUCUCUGAGAAGGAAGGAAAUUUCCUCUUCUUGUUUCUGUCAAGAGAAACAGAGGAGGCGCGUGUAUGUUUACUGCUUUUCCAGCAACCCGUGCUGUUUGUGCACCUCCUCCUACCCAAGACAUCAUCUUCACUCCAUACACACCCACAGGCGCGUGGCGACUCGUGUCCGGGGUACGCAAUUGGCGGUUUAUCCGGCGGCGAGAGCAAGCACGAGUUUUGGCGGGUCGUCGCACAGUGCACGGACGAGGAGGCAGACGGCCUGCCGCGGUUGAAACCGCGGUACUGCAUGGGCGUGGGCUACAUGUUGGACAUUGUGGUCAGCGUGGCCCUCGGCGUGGACAUGUUCGACUGUGUGUACCCCUGCCGGACCGCCCGGUUCGGCACCGCGCUCACCUGGAAGGGACAGCUGCGGCUGGCCAAGUGCAGCGACGCGGCGAAGCCGGAAAACAACCUGCCUAUCGAGGAGGACUGCGACUGCUACACGUGUAAAACCUACAGCCGGUCGUUUCUCGCGUCCAUCGUGGCCAAGAACGAGAAGGCCAACCCGGCGGGGGCGACGCUGCUGACCAUCCACAACAUCCGGUUUAUGAUGCGGUUAAUGACCAGCAUGCGGGAGGCGAUUUUGGAGAGCCGCUUCAAAGCGUGGGUGGUGGACUUUCUACAAAACCUCUACCCGGCGACGAACAAAUGCAAAAAGAGCGGUGGGAAAACGAUCAUCCCGCCCACCUGGGUGAAGGAGGCGUUGAUCCAGGGAGCCAAGAUCACGGAGCUGGAAAAGGCAUUUGACUGGGAAAACGGAAUUCCGUCCACCGAGGAUAUGCCUAAGCAAUAACAUGAUGACCUACGUUUCCAUUUCUUGUUGCUGCGUGAUCACUCCAUAUUUUGAUCGUUCCUACAAUCUGCGACUUUUUUUUCCCGGAGCUGCUCAGUUUUCCAAGAUUGAGCAGGAUCAUAUGUUGUUUACUAAUGAUGCAUCUGCGCUACCGCUUUUCCGAU